AUGGCCUCAUUCAACACGGCUGAUGCUAAACCUGCCAACAUUAUUGCAGCUGUGAAAUCGGUCAUCAAUCAGACAAAUGCACCGGAAGAGACAAAGAACCUUAUCCGAAACCAGAUAUCAUCCCUCCUGAUGGCUCAUCAACCGCGGAAAGUGCUCCCCGAGAUCGAACGCAUUGCAUUAAGAGCACUCAAGGCCGACCGGGACAUCGUCACCGUGCCAGCCGACAAGGGACGUUCUACGGUCAUAUUUGACAGAAGCGACACCUUCAGAAGGCGAAAAACUUACUGGAGGAUCGCCAGUUUUAUGUUUGUUGUGAAAUCAAACCCACCAAAGGCUGACACGCGAAAUCAAGUCGACCCUGUUGGCACUAGAGAACUCGGAGCACAAAAAGCGGCCUUGACCCGCUUCUAUGGCCUCUCCAAAGUGCAUAAGGAGGGCGCUCCUCUCCGACCCAUCGUAUCACUGAAGGGCACUCCAAAGUACGGACUGGCAAAGUGGCUAUUUCGGCGGCUCUAA